AUGGCCGCGCGGCGCGUCGUCGUCUUGGGCGGCGGGUCCUUCGGCAGCGUCGUCGCGCGCAUCGCCGCCGAGGGCGCCGCGGCGCAGCCGGACAAGUUCUGCGCGACGGUGGACUGGUGGGUGCGGCGCCAGGCCCAGGCCGACGAGAUCAACGCGACGCACCGGAACGCGACCUACGUCGGCGCGUGCGCCCUGCCGGCGAACCUCGUCGCGACGGCGGACCUGCGCGUCGCCGAGGGCGCGGAUCUGGUGAUCGUCGCCGUGCCGCACGAGUACCUGGACGGCGUGCUCUCGCGGUUGAAGGGGUCCCUCGCCGCCGGCGCGACGGCGCUGAGCCUCGUCAAGGGCCUGCACGUGGAAGACGGCGCCCUGACGCCCCUGACGGCGCGCAUCGCGGCGCUGCUCUCUUCGCGUCGAAACUGUCGAAUACAGGCGCUGCUCGGCGCGGAGACGGCCAUGCUCGGCGGCCCGAACAUCUACGCGGAGAUGGCGCGCGACGAGUUCGCGGAGGCGACCAUCGGCCACGCGCCGUCGAACCUCGGCGGCGCCCGCGCCUUCCAGGACCUGCUGACGACGCCGACGUUCCGCGCGGACCUCUGCGACGACGUCGUGGGCGUCGACUUGUGCGGGUCGCUGAAGAACUGCGUCACGCUGGCCUGCGGCUUCGUCACGGGGCUGGGCCUGGGCAUGAACGCCAAGGCCGCGGCCAUGCGGCGCGGCUUCGGCGAGGUGAAGCGCAUCUGCGUGCGUUUUUUUGGCGUCGACGUCGCGACGUUCGACGAGGCGUGCGGCUUCGGCGACGUCGUGCUGAGCUGCUCCGUGGGCCGGGGCCAGAAGCUCGCCGCGGCCUUCGUGACCUCGGACAAGUCCUGGCCGGACCUCGAGGCGGAGGUACGAUGCCCAGAGCAAAAUGGUGACCGGACGACCCGCGCGCCUCGUAGGUCCUCGGCCCGCAGAGCCGCGUCCCCGACUGGCGCAACCUCGCGGCGCUCCACGAAUUCCUGGUCGCCAGGGGUGCCGCGGCGGACUACCCGGUCCUCGCGGCCGCGCACGCCGUCGCCUUCGAAGGCGCGCCCGCGGAGGCCAUGCUCGCCGCGCUCCGCGCGCCGAAACCGCCCAAGGCCGCCGGCGAGGACGGCGGCACGGUGGCCGUGCGGUCCGCGGCGCCGCCGCGGCCGCCCCUGCUCGCGGCCUUCGAGCCGCCGGCCAAGGCCUUCGACCUCGCCGGCGGCCGCGCGCUCGUCACGGGCGCGUCCGGCGGCAUCGGCAAGGCCAUCGUCGCGCAGCUCCUGGCCGCCGGCGCGCGGGUGCUGGCCGUGGACUACGGCGCCGAGGCGUUGA